CUUCUGCAAAGUAUAUGCUUCAUAUCCAUGAUAUAAUCAAAUCGUUAUAUUUAACUUUUGGUAUUCUAUAAGCACCCGUACCUUUAAGUGUCAAAUCCCAGAUCCUCUGAUUUAUUUAUUACCAUGUGACCUUUUACGAUCUACUAUUUAAACUCAUCUAAAAUCUAGGUUACUACGACCCUUUGUAUUAUUAUUCCUAUACGUUCUUUUUCAAGUUCUUUUUAUUUUUUUUAUUAUAUAGUCCUUACGGGUCUGACUGUCUCAAAAUAACUAACAUUACAAACUUAAACUUUUGGUGAUGAGUAUUCAAAAUAGAGGCUCUUUAAUUGUUAUUGAAGGGUUAGAUCGCUCAGGAAAAUCUACUCAGUGCCAAUUAUUACUGGAAGAUUUGCAAGCAAAAGGCAAAAGGGUCCAGCUCUAUAAAUUUCCAGAUCGAACUACUGCUAUUGGCAAGAAAAUUGACUCAUAUUUGAAAGAAACUAGUCAGCUUAGCGAUCAAGUCAUUCACUUACUUUUCUCCGCAAACAGAUGGGAAGUUAUUGAAGAUAUCCAAUCAAAAAUUCAAUCAGGAACAACGUGCAUUUUAGAUCGGUAUGCCUUUUCUGGAAUUGCUUUCUCUGCAGCCAAAGGACUCAAUUGGGAAUGGUGCAAGAGCCCUGAUCGUGGUUUACCACGUCCAGAUCUAGUUAUUUUUUUGCAUGUUCGUCCUGAGAUUGCUGCAAAACGCGGGCAGUAUGGAGAGGAGCGUUACGAAAAAGUAGAAAUACAGAAAAAGGUUGAGAAAAACUUUGAACGAAUUGAACGCGAAUAUAUGGAAGAAGGCAUGGCUUUUAUCACCUUGGAUGCUUCUACUAGCGUGGAGGCAGUUCAUUCUCAAAUUAUGAAUUUAGUAGAUAAAAUAGAUACGUCAAAAGCAUUAGACACUCUUUAAUAAUGUUGUCUUACCUUUGAUUAUUACUUGGAUUUUCAUCUUCAUCUUCAUAGAAAGGACUUUUUAUUGGUUUGCUAGGCCUUACAAUGCCCAUUAAAUUGAUGUGUUCUUAAAGCGUGGUUUAAAUUCAAUAAUAAUUUAAAUAUCCCAGA